AUGGGCAACGACGGCGGCUCAAUUCCCACGCGCCGCGAACUCGUGAAAGAAUCCGCCAAAAAUCCAACAACUGCCCAGCUCAAAGAAACCCUCGCCGAACGCCAAACCUACCUUUGGACCACCGAUCCGAUCUCGCGCGAACCGCUCAAAUCACCUGUCGUGUCCGACUCCGCAGGGAAAUUGUACAACAAAGCCACAAUCCUCGAGUUUCUGGUCGAAGGCAAGAGAGCGGAAGAUGCAGAGCGGGAGCUGGGUGGACGGGUGGCAGGGCCGAAGGACUUGGUCGAGGUGAAGUUCACUGCAGAUGGAGACGAUGAUGGCAAAGCGAUGUGGAAGUGCCCUGUCACAGGCGAUAAACUUGGACCUGGAUCGAAGGCUGUAUACAUCGUUCCGUGCGGUCACGCAUUCUCCGGAACCGCGAUCAAGGAAGUUGCGGUGGCUUCGGCCGAGGGAGAAGUGGGCAAGAAGAAAUGUCUUACGUGUGAUGGAGAGUAUGCGGAGAAUGAUGUGGUGCCGAUAGUGCCGGUCACCGAGGUGGAGGUUGCGAGACUGGUAUUGAGAGUCAAGACUUUGAAGGAGAAAGGACUGGCCCACUCUUUGAAGAAAUUGGGCAAGGAAGGGAAGAAGCGGAAGAAGGGCGCCGUGGAGGAGACUGGUGCGAAGGACGGCGAGAAGACUGCUUCGAAUGGUAUCAACAACGCUUCUACUGCGAGCUUGACAGCAAAGGUGAUGCAGGAGCAAGAGAAGAGCAAGAAGAGAAAGAUGGAGAAUGAGAAUGUGAGGAGUUUGUUCUCGUCGAGGGAUCAGAGUCAGCCGAUUGGGAAAAGCGCAGACUUCAUGACGAGAGGAUACAGCUUGCCCUCGAAAGCGAAGUGA